UGACCAGUCCGUUAACGACUUAGCUUGAUUCGUUUCCCCAAUCUUUCAGGUCGGUUCGCUAACAUCUCAUAGGUCGUUUCGCUGACGUUCCAGGUCACUACACUAACCACCUAAUUAUAGCAAUACGUGGGAGAAAUUAUUGUUUAUUGAAGCACUUAUCAAGUUUUCAUACAUAGAAAUACUACCCAACAAACGAAGAACAUUUUAUGAAAACAUUUGCGUAAAAAUUAAUGAGUGGAAAUUUGACGAAUGUCAUGUUAAUCUACUAACCUCUUUAAUCUGUUCUAAUCUUCGAAGUCCCUUGUCAUGAAGGCAAAUGCAAAUACGGUGGAUAUUGCGAGCUUGUUAACAACACCGCAACCCGCUGUCGAUGCCCAAGGUGUCACUUUAGAUACAAGCCGGUCUGUGGUACUGACAAAUUGUCUUACAUAAACCACUGCCUUCUUAAGCAGCAUGCCUGUCUUACCCAGACUCAUAUUUCCGUGGCGCAGCACGGUCGUUGUUGUAAGUGCCGUAAUGUUCUUCGGUCAAUAAUUAUGGUAAUUUUAAAAAAUUAUUUUUAGGAAUUCUUUGCAUUGCUUUUAAAGUUUACUGUGAGCCGAAAAGUGUUUACUAAACCUUUUAUCACCAGUAUAAAUACUUUUACCGUAAUCGUGCAACCGCUCAUUUGAAAAUAUUUCAUGUUUGAGUCACCUUAAAACGUCUUCUAUUUUUUCAUAGUGACAAUUAAAAGAAAUUAGUAAUUCAUCAAAUAUUCUUAAUGACUUUUUGUCUCUUUUGUCUUCACCUGUGCCCAUUUUCUCUGUCCUUUGUAAUUCGCUUAUUUCGCUACGCAAUAAAACGCAAGUGAAUGUUUUUCCGCGUUCAUUUAGGGGUCUUACCAUCCUCCAAUCUUCUGUUAUAAUGUUCCAAUUAUUACUACCUCUUCCCAGCGUGUAAUAGCUCCCGCUGCCAACACGGCGCCAAAUGUCUUCUUCUGGAGGAUGGGUCCGAAUCGUGCCAGUGCCCUCUCGGCUGCUCGUUGUCUUACAAACCCGUAUGUGGUACCAAUAAGAAGACUUAUGCUAACCGCUGUGCUCUGGAUCUAGACACGUGUCUAACAAAUGGAACAGUGAUGCUCGCACGUGAAGGAAGAUGUUUCGUGGGUUGCGCUGAUAUCAAGUGCAACUUCUAUUCCACGUGCGUGGAGAGACCUGACGGACAGGCAGCUUGUGUGUGCAAUGAACGAUGUGAUCUGAAAUUAGAUCUUGUCUGUGGAAGCAACGGUAAAACAUACAUCAACGAAUGUCUUCUUCGGGCGGACGCCUGCAAACAGCGAAAGAGCUUUGUUGUGUUGCAGAAAGGAGCUUGUACUCCUUGUGCUCUCCUGAAAUGUGACUUCUAUGCUGAGUGCAAAGCGCAGCUUGACGGCUCUCUGGAAUGUGUCUGUCCUAGACAGUGCCCGCUGUCUUUCGAUCCUGUGUGUGGUUCCAACAGACAGACUUAUCUUAAUAAGUGCACACUUCAAGUAGAAUCUUGUAGAACUCAAACUCGCAUCACUGUGGCCAGACGGGGACAGUGUGGUACGUAGUUACCAGCAUCUGGAAAUUUUGUUUUCCCAACUGGGAAAGAGUUUGUUUUCCUGGAGCAGAUCCAGCCUUUUUUUGAAGAAGGGUUUCACCACUAAGGAGUGACGUCACUGAAGUUUGACCUAACGAACAGACUGGCUUAUGCUUGAAAUUUCAUUGCCAAACUACCAUUUGUACAGGGUUUCACAUAAAUUCUUUAACCUUGUGUCAUGUUUUACUUCAACACUAAUAAACCACAUCUAAUUUUUAAAAUUUUCUUUUGCACAGUACUAGUUAUAUAAAAAAAAACCCGGAAUUUAUUGGGGGGGUGGGGAUGCACACCCCCUGCACCCCUCUCCUAGAUCCGUAUUUGUGUGACAUUCAAGAGCACACCUCUCUUUUGUGAAUAUGCCCUGAAACAGUAAUAUAGAAGCUUUUUUCCUUACUUAAACGCCCCUUUGCAUUUUUCUCGAUGUAUGAUAGAUGGCUUAAAGAAAAUCUAUCUCUCUUGCUUUUUUUACACUCGAGUCUUGAAAGUAA